AUGCUGGACCCCAGCGCAGAUGCUGUGACUCUUGCAACUGCAGAAGAGGCGAAGGUGGCGGGGCAGCCGACACCGAAGGCGCCACCACCCGAGCCGAUUAUUUCAGGCUGCACCCCGUACAAGUACUACCGCGUCCCUGACGGACUCAAGCGAGUGCGCAGGAAGCAAAAGGUUGGCAUCAUCUUCGGCUACGUUGGUGAGUGUUACUGCGGGCUGCAGUGGAACCACCUUCCCGAGUACCCAACAGUCGAGGAGGUCCUCAUGAAGGCGCUCUUCGAGACGGACAUGAUCAGCGAAGUGAAUUUUUCUAACUUAAAGGUGCAGAAGCUGCUCAACUUUGAGCGAGCGAGCCGCACCGACAAGGGUGUGCACGCGCUUCGCAACGUCGUGUCCGUGGCUGUCAUGCUGCCCUACGACCCCUCGUAUACCAAGAAGCAUCUGGCAGCCCUGCAAGAGCACGCCGAAGGCGCGGCCGCUGGUGAGGUCCACACAGCAGACGGCGACGUCGAAGACGACGCAAACAGCGCGCAGGCCGCUGUCUUCAGCUGCGAGGAGGCCAAGCGGCUGCUGAACGAGGCCCUUCCCCGAGAUAUCCACGUCUACGCCGUCGUGCCGGUGACUCGCAGCUUCAACGCCUACCUGAACUGUGGUGGGCGCCGCUACGAGUACUACCUGCCCACCUUCGCGCUCAUGACAGCGGCGGAGUACUCCGAGACGUACUUUCCGACCUCCCUGGCCCCCUCCCAACCAACAUUAAAGGAGGUGGGUUUUGUGCCAGGCAAGCAUGGCAAGCGCGACCCCCCGCGCGCUGUCACGGUGACGGACGAGGAAGAAGAGGCGCGGCGACGCAAGCACAAGAACAGCGCGCGCAAGAGCAAGGGGCACUUCCCGAAGCGCAAGAAUGCCAAGGCGGCUGCACGUGCGGUGGCGGCGGCAACAACUAGGGCCGUGCCGCCAGACUCGACGCCGCCACUGGAAGGGAAGGGUGAUGUCUCCGCAGCUGAGACCACGGCGCCUCUGCACACCGAGCCCCUAGUCUUGUCCUCUCAGACCCCUGCCGGGCCGAUGAGCAUAGUCGCCCUGGACGAUGGCGAGAAGAAGGCCGAGAGCGACGCGGAGAGUCAAGACAGCGACGCGGAGGUGCAGGCCGCGCUGGAGCGCGCCGCAGAGGCCCGCCCGUGCGAGGACAACUACGCGACGCACUUCCACGAUGGUCUCUUUGAGUCCAUGAUUCUCUUCCGCAGCAUCCCGGCUGACGCGAUGCGCCACGUUGCCAACUACCGCCUCCCCGCGGAGCAGCUCCAGCACGUUCGCCGCCUCUUCCACGAGUACGAGGGGACGCAUUGCUACCACAACUUCACCCCGGGCGGCCGCAGCUACGAUGCUUCCUGCUACCGCUUCAUCCGCAGCGUCGUCGUGAGCAACCCCUUUGUUGUGUCGCCAGAGGAUGAGCUGCUGCAGCACAGCAUUGAUAACUGGUCUCUCAAUCACUUCUACUCCCCCGACGAGCGGGUGGCCGUGACGUAUGAAGAGUGGGUGACCGAAGGUGAGACGACGGAGCUGCAGGACGCCGCUGCGUCUGUCUCCGAGCAAGGAAAGCGGCAGAUCCCGAAGAGCGCGGACGCGGCGUUGCGGGAGCGCAUGCGUCAGCACAUUCGCGACGUCUAUGCCGGCGGUAUCGAGGUUGUGCGCAUCGAACUGGAUGGACAGAGCUUCAUGCUGAACCAAAUUCGCAAGAUGAUCGGCGCGGUGGUCUGCGUUGCAGCCGCAGGCCUCCCCGAGACCUACAUCCGCGACGUCCUGCUGCGCAAGGCCGUGCGGCGAGGCAUACCGAUGGCGCCCGCCAACGGUCUCUUCCUUUCGUACUUGGACUUCUCCGGCUACAAUCGACGACUGGAGCGCAUUCAAAACGAUGGCAACAACGGCGCUGGCAAAGGCACGCUCGACGUGGAGGCUGGCGUGGACGCCGACGAGGUCGAGGCGCAGCGUCGCCGCAUCAUUGCCGUGGUGUUGCGCAAUGAAAUGGCGGAGGACAUCAUGGGGAAGUGGAUGCGCUCUCUCCGCCACGUGCUGCGGCUGGCGUGGAAGCAUACCCUCCAUUGA